UGAGCGGAACAUUAACUGCCUGCCCAGGGAGGGGACACCCUGUAGUGAUAAGCCAUGGAGCCCAGGGGAAUCGUCAAAGCCUUUCCAAAGAGAAAGAAGAUGAGGGAUGACUCAGAGAGGAAGGUCCCUCCAAAGGUCCCGAAAGAGGAGGAAACGGGGAGCAUUGAAGAGUGGCUGAAGCCGAUCACAGCCUACGUGCUGCCAGCGGGCAUCGGGCAGGCCAGGACAGAGAUCUUUCACACGCAGAUUGCCCAGAAAGGGGGUCGCGUUCGCAGCCAGCUCUCCUCAGAGGUGACGCACAUCAUAGUGGCGGAAGACAUGGACUGCGACCGGGCCUUUCGCCUCCUGAGACUGGCCAGGCUUCCCGCAGGGAUCCAGCUGGUGAAGGCAGCCUGGCUGAGCUUGUGCAUUAGAGAGCAGAAGCUGCUGGAUACCACUGGGUACAGCAUCUUCAUCCCAGACAGGUACCUGGAGGAGGGGGAUCUGCAGAAGGGGGAACAGCAGCUCUUGGGCAGUGAGACUGUCCAACCCCAGCCAGGGAAGGAAGCGCUGGAGCUGAAAGCUGAAGCACAGACAGGAGCCAUAUUGCCUCAGGGCCCAACCCAGGAGCAAAGCCUUCAAACCCAGAGGGUCUCUGAUGAUGAAGGCAGCGAAGGGGAAGAGACCAACGUCACCCAGGGAGACCUGGAAGCACUAAUUUCAGGAUGUUGCCCGGACACCUCAUCGGGGCCGUCCAGUGGCAGCUGUGCCCCAGUGCCCCCAGCUGCUGGCAAGUGGGUUUGUGCUCAGUCCUCUGACAACAAGAAAGAGAAUCACAACUGGCAUAUCACAGAGAAGCUGGAAGUGCUAGGAAAAGCCUACACCGUCCAGGGGGACAAGUGGAGGGCUCUGGGCUACUCCAAAGCCAUCAGUGCACUCAAGAGCUACCACAAACCAGUCACCUCUUACCAGGAAGCCUGUAAGAUUCCUGGGAUCGGGAAGCGGAUGGCGGAGAAGAUCCUGGAGAUCUUGGAGAGCGGCCACCUGCGGAAGCUGGACCACAUCAGCGAGAGCGUGGCAGUGUUGGAGGUCUUCUCCAACAUCUGGGGAGCAGGAGUCAAGAGAGCCCAGCUGUGGUACCAACAGGGCUUCCGGACCCUGGACGAUAUCCGCACCAAGGCUCCUCUGACCAGCCAGCAGGCUGUAGGGUUGAAGCACUACGAAGACUUCCUGGAGCGUAUGCCGCGAGAGGAGGCUGCAGAAAUAGAACAGACUGUGCGAGAAGCAGCCUGGUCCCUGAACCCCGGGCUGGUGUGUGUGGCAUGCGGCUCGUACCGACGGGGGAAGGCCACCUGCGGUGAUGUGGACGUCCUGGUUACCCACCCUGACGGGCAGUCUCACCGCGGCAUCUUUGGCAAGCUGCUUGACAGCCUCCGGCGGAGCGGUUUCCUCACCGAUGACCUGGUGAUCCAAGAAGACAGCGGCAACCAGAAGAAGUACCUGGGUGUGUGCCGGCUGCCCGGGCCAGGCCGGCGCCACCGGCGCCUCGACAUCAUCGUGGCGCCCCACGCCGAGUUCGCCUGUGCCCUCCUGUACUUCACCGGCUCGGCCUACUUCAACUGCUCCAUGCGAGCACUGGCCAAGACCAGGGGCAUGAGCCUGUCGGAGCACGCGCUCCACACGGCCGUGGUGCGCGCCCCCGGCGGCCGCAAGGUGGGGCCUGGCCUCGUCCUGCCCACCCCCACUGAGAGAGACGUCUUCACGCUGCUGGGGCUGGCCUACCGGGAGCCCACCGAGCGGGACUGGUGAUGGGGGGUGGGGGCAGCCCUUUCCUUCCCUUCCUGCCCUCCAGGGUGUCCUCGGGGGAGCCACCCCGCAGGCCCCAGUGCCCUGGUGGGGUAGGGGGUUCCCUGUCAGACACUGAAGGGGGGCACUCCUUCAUCUCCUCUCGUCCGGGCUGCUCUGAGCUGGCCUGGAUGGACAGUGGCUGCUGUUGCUGCUAGUGGCACUUUGUGACUGUCCAGCCAGGCCUGGGAGUUGGGGUAGCACCAGCUCUGGAAUGUAGUUCGGUAGCCUGCUGGGAUCCCUGGGGAUGGGGAUGGUGGCACCUCCGAUCCCAGGAGCUCUGUAGUUACACAUCAGCAGACGUAGCUUCGCAUCAGAGCUGCACAAACCCGCUCUCCAUCCCUGUGCAUCCCCGGGAGCUGCUAUUCUGUGGUGCUGGGGCAGGCACCCCAGUCUGACGCCGUACAGACAACGCUGCGGGGACAGGGCUGUUCCGAGCUGUCAGGUGAAUUCAGUUCUGCGGUCCCCGCGGGGUAACUACCCGCGAGCUCGCCAGGCUUCACAGCGUGGGCAUGUGCCUUCCUCCCGUAUGGCGGCUCUCUCCUCCCACUCCUGCUUGCUCCAGUGCCUCGCUCUGAUGAUGCAGACGGACGCUGGUCUGUGAACCACUCGCUGGUUUCUCUCCAGCAGCGCCCGAAGAAUCGGCGUGGACAGAAGGCGACUGAGCGACAAUGCUGCUUUGCAGGCGCUGGGCACUAACCCAGACAUUCACACCAGCUUCCAGCUGGGCUCUUGGUACAGCUGCUGGCUCCUGCCCCUCAGCCGGGGGCCUGCUCCCACCCACAGUGAUCGGUGCCCCUUUGCUGAAGAUCCAGAAUGGGGCUGCAAGUGGAAUGCGAGGCCAGAAGGAGCCACUGUGAUCCUCUAGUCUGACCUCCUGCGUGGCAGGCCAGAAACCUGCCCCCAGAUCCCCCUGGCACAGCGCUGUGGAGAACACAGCCCGGCUUGACUUAGACUCCAUGGUGGAGAAUCCGUCACGACCCUGGGAAAUGGAGUUCCUGGAAGGGAAGUACAAUAAAAUCCACCCGCUCUUCUCC